AAUUUACUUACAUGACAACGAAAAGAGCCUGUUAUUAAACACCACUGUACAUCCCUUAGUGAAAAAAAAAUCACCGCACUGUAGGGAGGUUAGAUGGUGAUAACCGUAACUAACCGGCUUGUUCAGCAAGCCAAUGUGCCAAACACCGGGAUGCGAUUAGAACUUUCUCGCCCCUCUGGGCUCUGUCUCCGUUAAAGCGGCAAACUAAUCGACGGGAGCAGCCCAUUUCCAGUUCAUCCCACCCCUCCCAUCGCCGCCACCGACCACUCCAACGCCGCCGCCGCCGCCGCCGCUUCGGAAGUUCGGAGCAGCAAGAGACGCAUGGAGCAUAGCCCGCACCUGUUCGACGGCGCGGCGCCCAAGUUCCGGCGGGACGAGAGGAUGGCGGCGCCGCCGCGGGAGGCCACGUGGGUGAUCCUGGCCUGCGUCCCGAGCGUGUCCUCUUCCGACGGCGACUUCGAGGCCGGCGACCACCUCGCCUUCGACUGGCGCGACCCGCCGGGCGUUUCCCUCCUUACCUUGCGCCAGAGCGACUCUGUCUUUGUCUCCCCCGCGCCUCGGGAUUUCUGCCCCGACCGCGACGACCACCCCUACGUCGUCGCCGUCGACUCCGCCGGCGGACUCCUGCUCCGCGGCGCCAGGAGGAGCGCCCACGAUUUCGGCCCCGGCGUCGCGCUCGGAUUCGACCCUGCACCGAGCUGCGCCAACGACGGCGGCUACAUCCUCUGCCACGCUACGCUCCGCAUGGCCUACCUCUACCCGCCCUGCUCCGACGAGUACCGGCUCCUCUACGCCGGGAACGUCGGCAUGAUCCGCAGAACGGCAGCGGAUGGCGACCACCCGAUCCGCUUGUUGGCCGAGCUCCAGAUAGAGUCCGGCAAUGGCAUCCACCGUGCCACCCUACUACGCUACUCCCAGGAGCUCGGACUCGGAGGGUGGGCUUCAACGAAGGUCAACUACCCGCCAGGCCGCCGGUCGUGGUGCGGCGACGGCGUCAUCGUCCACGCCGGGAUGCUCUGGUGGGUGGACCUCUCCUUCGGCCUCCUCACCUGCGACGCGUUCGCCGCGAAGCCAGACAUGCGCUUCGUGCCGCUCCCUGAGGGAUGCAAGCUACCGUACUCCAGCGACGCGGACCACGCCAAGCACCGGUGCGUGAACGUGAGCGACGGCGAGCUGGCGUUCGUGCAGAUCCACGACUACGACACCGCCGCCGGCCGCGGCGCGCCAUCGACGAUCAUGAUCAGCAUGUGGACGCUGCAGCAGUCUGAUGCGGGGGAGGAGUCGGUUUGGUCGCUCCGCCACCGGGUGCGCGUCGACGAGAUCUGGGACCACGUGACAUACCGGAAGACCAUGAUGCCGCGGCGCGUUCCGGUGCUCGCGCUCCUCCACCCCAAGGAGCUCGGCGUGGUGUUCUUCUUCCAGAUCACCUCGCGGAACUCGUGGAUGUUCGCCGUCGACCUGGUCACCAGAAUCGUGCUCGAGUGCAAGAAGUACAAGAUGCCCCAGCUGCCGACGAUGUACCACUCCUCUCGCCACGUCCGCGCUUGGGAGCUGCCACAUUCGAUCUGCCGCGGAGAGGAUGAUGAGACAGAUGAAUCUGACGGAUGAGCUCGACUUGAACUUUUCGAGAGACAAAGCUGAUGAACUGCUGUCAACCACUGGAAGGCUCUUCAUCAAUCCUAGGUUCCAGGAACUGAGGAAUGCCACUGCUUUUCCUAAGUACUUGUCAUUUGUCAUUGUCAAGGCUACCGACGCAUAUGAGGCAUCGUGUCUGAUGCGAGACUUCGUGUCACAUGUCUCCAUGGACGGUUCAAACAUAGUUCCUAGAGUUUCAGGUGAAAGUAUUGUAUGAAUAGUUCAGUGUUGAGUUUCAGAUGAAAGUUUUGUUUGGAAAUCUUGUUUCUUCUCCCUGCUUCCUCUGUUUGACAUAUCCGGGGCACUAGGCAGUUCAGAAACCAAACGCCCUGACUGAUGCUGCGUAGUGUCUUUAAUUAGAUAUCUGGCUUAACUCUCUGCUAUCUUGGACAACCAGUGUUUGUUAACUGAUGGAUGGCUGACGACAUUGUUCGUGAUGGUA